AUGCCAAAAGAUAUAACAUAUAGCGACUCCUUCGAGGAAUUUAACAACAGCAAUACCCUCGCGGUUUCUCCUUAUAAGGAUAUAUUUUUCAAAGAAAUGACACCGUCCAAGCCAAAUGUGAGAUUUGGGGAUGAUGAUGUUAACAUUUUUGAUCAACGAAAAAAAGUAAACGAAAUCAACAAAAAUAGCUCCAUUAAAAGGACGUUUCAAACGUCAACAAGCACUACUACUACGCCCAAUAAGUCCAGCUUAAAGUCACCAAAAAGUAAAAAAACUUCAAAAGACAUUUUUAAUUAUGGUAAUAAGUCAGAAACGAGGGAAGAAACAUUCAAAGAUGUCAAUGAUGCAGUUAACCGUUGUUAUGCACUUUGUAACAUUCCCACCAAGCAUAUUUCGAUAAAGAGUAUUUCUGACUUGGCACAAACCUUUGAAACCCUUGCUGUGGGUAUAACUCAUGAAACAAAUAGAAAAGCAGAAUGUGAGCGGAGCAAAAACGCAAUAGAUUCUUUGUACUAUCAUGAACAGCUGGAAAAAAAGGAACUCAAUGAGAAAAGCCUUCAAAUGGCAAUCGAUCACCUGCUUAAAGUAACAAAGCAAAACUUGAGACAAGCCGAUGAUAAUAACAAGCUGAAAGAUACAGAAGUACUCAAAAGUUUUAUUGAGGAAAUUGAAGAGGUUGACGAUAAUAAAAUUUCGAUCAACAGCUUAGAACAGCAGCUGUUUGAAGAAAAAACAGCGAAUAACAUUCUGAGAAGAGACUAUUAUAAACUCCAGGAACGUGGUAGACGUUUAUGUCAUGACUUUCAGGAUUUACAGGAUGAUUAUUCAAAACAAAUGAAGCAAAAAGAAUAUGAGGUGCAGAAACUAAAGAAUGAAAUUAAAACUCUUUUGUGCAUGAAUGAUAACUUAAAGGCAGACAGAACACUUCUCUCACAGAAAGAGAAACAGUAUUUUCAAAAAUGUACCUAUAUUGAGAAAUACAUGAACCAUGUCAAGGAAGAGUAUAAUAGAAAAGAGAAUGAAUGCAACAAACUGAAAUAUAUUAUUGACAAAAGCAUGAAAAGAAUAGAGCAUCUGGAAAGGUCGCUACAAUCCCAAAGUACUGUUCAAAACAGUUUCUCGACUGCUACGAUUUUAGAAGAAGGCUCAAAAGAUAUUGAUUUGGAGGAUCGUUAUCAUAAAGUCAAAGAGUUCAUGGAACAAAAGCUACAAACCUCCAAAAUUCAUGACUCUUCCUGCUCUGAAACAGAGGCACUUGACAAUGUACUUGGGCUAAUUGAAAAUACUAUGAAAAAGUUGGACAAAAAUAAUAAGUAUGUCCCAACUACGGCAAAAAAAUGCAUAAAGUAUGUUACUGGCUCAUCAAGAUUUGAUGAAAAUGAGCAUAUAACAAAUUGA